GUCUUGUGUGCCCACGUUGUCAUCUUUCUCCGUCAAUUUUUCCCCGUCCGGCUCCCCUCUGCACAAGGCUGCGCCAUCUGAAUGACUCAACCUGACGAAGGUGGACGGCCGGUGCUGUGACCAUUCACAACGGGCACGCGAAAGCCUGACUCGAAAUCAAUCGGCCUCAAGCAAUGGCGGUGGAGGUGAGGCGAAGGAAAAACCCAAAGCCCCUUUUGUGUUUAUGCCUUCUGGGGGUUCGUUGCUUGUGUCCAGGCUGAGUCGGAGAUCGACAUCUUCGACGCCGUCAAGAAGGGCGACGCGGAUUCUGUCACGGCGCUGAUCGACCGGGACGGCACAGCCAUACUCAAUAAAACGAAACGAGACAAAUACAAUUCCGAUGUAUGCAGUCGUGAGGACGACAUGAAUGCCCUUGUCGUCUGUAUGUGUGUUCUCAUUUCUGCGCGCAGGUCACACCCUUCGGCAUGGCUGCACAGGAGGGUCACGUGGGCGUCAUGUCGGUCAUGUAUGAACGCAAACCUGACGUCUUGCAGCAAACAGACACUGUACUGACGCACACAAAGCACCUUCUGUGCCGGUGGAGAUGGAAAAAGAUGUGUUUGGUGUGACGGAAUGUAGCAUGGUGCGAAUGCCCCGCACGAGGCUGCCCAGGAGGGCCAGGUUGCGGCGGUCAAUAAGCUGCUGGAGUGGGAUCUCAAACUGAUCGAUGCACGCGACAAGGUAACAGAGCACACACAUGUCUCUGACGCCUCAGUGUGUGCUGGUGUGUUUUGAUUGCAGGAUGGCAAGAUCCCAUUCAUCGAUGCUGCCUGGAAGGGUCAAAUUGAUGUGAUGGAGACCCUGUAUGCCAAAGGAGGGAAGGGCUGCCUCACACAGAAGAGCAAGGUCACAAUCGAAGACAAACCAUCUUCUGUGCGGCUGGUGAGGAGAGAUGUUCGCUGUGAUGGAAUGCAGCUUGGUGACUCUGCCGUGCACUGGGCUGCCUUCAAUGGUCGUGUUGCGGCUGUCAAUCAGCUGCUGGAGUGGGAUCUCAAACUGCUCGAUGCACGCACCGAAGUUACAGACCACACACAUGGCUCUGACGCCUCAGUGUGUCGAUUGUGUGUGUGUCUUGAUUGCAGAAUGGCCGCACGCCAUUCAUGGUGGCUGCCACCUAUGGUCAUGUCGAUGUGAUGGAGUUUCUGUAUGCCAAACGAAAGGACGUGCUCACAAAGACCGACAAGGUGAGACAACACAGUCUUCUCUCACAGCCUGAUUGCCUUUCCCUGUGUGCAUGACACACACAGAACGGCGACACGGCACUCCAUUUGGCUGCACUUUAUGGCCACUCUGCGGUUGUGUCUCAGCUGUGAGCGACAGAGAUGACUGACUGACGCGGACAUCUCAUCCACACACACUCUCUCUCUCUCUGCGUGUGUGUGUGUGUGUGUGUCCUUCUCAAAGGCUCGAGUGGGGCGGCGGUGCGCUGCUGGACAUCAAAAACAAUGGGGUGAGUGCCGACGACAAGAAUGCACUCAGUGGUCUGUGUGUGUGUUCUCAUUCCUGCAGAUGACCCCCUUCCUGUUGGCUGCGGAGAAGGGCCACGUGGGCGUCAUGUCGGUUAUGUAUGAGAGCAAACCUGACGUAUCGCAACAAACAGACAGCGUGGUACCGACACAGACAAACCAUCUUGUGUGCUGCUGAUGAUGAGGAGAUGUGCGUUUGGGUGUGAUGGAAUGUAGCAUGGUGCGAAUGCCCUGCACUUCGCUGCCAUGAAUGGCCAUGUUGCGGUCGUCAAUCAGCUGGUGGAGUGGGAUCCCAAACUGAUCGAUGCACGCACCACCAAUGUAACAGAGCACACACAUGUCUCUGACGCCUCAGUCUGUCGAUUGUGUGUGUGUGUGUGUUGAUUGCAGGUUGGCCACACGCCAUUCAUGGUGGCUGCCAUAGGUGGUCGUGUCGAUGUGAUGGAGUUUCUGUAUGCCAAACGAAAGGACGUGCUCACACAGCAGAACAAGGUGAGAUACACAGAAUGCCUCUCGUCUAAUUGAUUGCCUUUCUUUGUGUGCAUGACAUACACAGGACGGAGACACGGCACUCCAUUUCGCUACACUCGAUGGUAGAAUUGAAGUGAUGAAGUUCCUGUACGAGAUGGACGCGCCCAUCCUGCAGCAAAAAGGCGACGUACCAACCUAAGCAUCUUGUGUGCUGCUGGUCAUGGUGAGAAGAUGUGCGUUGGGUGUGAUGGUGCAGACUGGUUGGAAUGCAAUACAUGCGGCUGCCCAGGAGGGCCAUGUUGCGGUCGUCAAUCAGCUGCUGGAGUGGGAUCCCAAACUGAUCGACGCACGCAACAAUGUAACAGAGCACACAUAUGUCUCUGACGCCUCACUGUGUCGAUUGUGUUCGUUGCAGGAGGGCCUCACGCCAUUCAUCACGGCUGCCAUAAAGGGUCAUGUCGAUGUGUUGGAGGCCCUGUAUGCCGAGCGAAAGGACCUGCUCACACAGAAGGCCAUCGUGAGACAACACAGCCGAAGACACAUAGGGAGUGCCUCUCUGAUGUGUGAGUGUGUUGAUUGCAGAAUGGCGACACGCCAUUCAUGUUGGCUGCCUACAAUGGUCAUGUCGAUGUGAUGAAGUUUCUGUAUGCCGAAGGGGGGGAAAAACUGCUGACACAGACGAACAAGGUGAGAGACACACAGGAUGCCUCUCAUCUGAUUGAUUGGCUUUCACUAUGUGCAUGACACACACAGUACGGACACACGGCACUCCAUUUGGCUGCAGCCGGAGGCCACUCUGCGGCUGUGUCUCUGCUGUGAGCGACACAGAUGAAUGACUGACGCGAACGUCUCAUCCACACCCUCUCUCUCUCUCUCUCUCUGUGUCAUUCUCAAAGGCUCGAGUGGGGCGGCGCUUUUCUGCUCUACAUCAAAAACAACGAUGUGAGUGCACACAGAGAUUCACACCAUCGAUGGGCUGAGUGGUGUGCUCACUCAUCACAAACAGGGAUGUACGCCCUGGGAUUUGGCGGAGAAGAAGCCGGAGAUCAGAGAGAUCAUGCGGCCGUACAAGCCUGCUUCUGGGUCUUGCUGUGUGAUCAUGUGAGUCAGAGUCUGUCAGUCGCUCGGAGGUGCAUCGAAUGAGAGUCUAGGAGGCAUUGUGAGUGGGUGAUUUGACAAUGAGACCCGAUUGAUCAUGUGUCGUCGUAAACGACACGGCGAAAUGCAGCCCUCGGUUUCUUUCUUGUGUCUUCAUGUGGACCAUUGCGAGGGGCUGUGAGGUGCUGUGUGUUUGCCAUGAGACAUCAAGACUUGAUUGGAGAUGUCCAUCAACACGUGAGCAUGUAGCCCUGAAUCUCUC